AAAGAAACAAGAGCGUAGGGCGCGCGCAGCGUCUCGGCUUGUCUUACUAAAAUUAUUAGUUAUUUUUAUUACAUGCACAUUAAAAAUGAUUGGAUCAUUAUUACUCCUAGUCAUAGCUUUAUGUGUGCCGACACAUGAGCAAAGUACGCCAAACUCGCCAUGUCCAAACGUGUUCAUGUACGAGCCAACGACGAACGAGCCAGGGCGGUGGUACGGCGCUGUUAAUCUCUCAACGGACAGCACCUUACAUUCCUUAUGGCUGAACAUCGUGUUGGACAGUAAGGCGGACAUUUUGGGGAACUGGGUUGGAGACGUCACGACCACGGACAACAUAGACUUCAAAGUUGAAAAUACAAAAAUGAAAAUCCAUCCCGGCCCGGCCCUUUCCGUUCGAUUCUUCGUCCAGUAUAAUCCCCUUAAUAAAAUCCCACGACUUCAAGCAAUAAGACUAAACGGCAGAGAGAUAUGCAAUGCUAAUUCCCCUCAGCCAGCCAUCGAUCGUGUCGAUACGAUAAGACCUGAUCCAACAUCAAGCAGACCUAGACUCGAUUCUGGGUUGGAACAUUCUCAAACUGUCGAAAGACCAAUUGACAGACCAGUAGAGAGACCAAUAGACAGACCAAUAGACAGACCGCUAGACAGUAGGCCGAAUAAAAGACCUCAAAAACCAAUAAUCAGACCGGAAGAUAAGCCGGAAACCAAGCCUGUAUAUGGAAGACCUUCAGGAGAAGGGCCCGUUUAUGUAGCGCCGAAUAACCGACCAAUAGACCAAAGCAACGUUAAUCCCUACAGCAUCGGUGAUGGCCAAGUACCAGUUCAGAGCGUUACAGAACGACGCCCGAACCAUCAGCUGACAACCACGUCAUACCGUCCCGUCAAACAGAAUGACGACGAUUAUGAUAGCGUCAGCAACGAUCCUUCCGAAUACUUCACCGGUGGCUACCUUCUUGUGACGCCAGACAAAACUGGAGGUGGCUCCAAGAAAAAUAGUCAAUGUGGUAAAGUAUUACGCAAUAAUCCAAAUCCUCUCGUCGUGAACGGCAAGCCGACUCUGGAAGGACAGUGGCCCUGGCAGAUAGCCCUCUACCACACUCAGGUGGUCGACAGUAAAUACAUAUGCGGUGGUACCCUCAUCUCCCACAAGCACGUGAUCACGGCAGCCCACUGCGUCACGCGCAAGGGAUCCAGUCGACCUGUCAACAAGAACACACUCACCAUUUAUCUCGGGAAACACAACUUAAGGACGUCCGUAGAAGGAGUCGAAAUACGCUUGGUUUCCGACAUAAUAGUUCACCCACAAUACAACGCUUCGUCAUUCAGUCGAGACGCCAGCAUCUUAAAGAUGCGUCAGCCUGUUGAAUACACGGAGUUCGUGCGGGCCGCUUGCCUGUGGCCUGAGGACCAGACCGACUUGAGCUACGUCAUAGGGAAGAAAGGUUCGGUCGUGGGGUGGGGUUUCGAUGACACGGGAGUUGCAACUGAAGAACUGACGUUAGUCGAGAUGCCAAUCGUCGACACUGAGACUUGCAUCCGUUCCUACAGCGAAUUCUUCGUUAAAUUUACUUCGCAAUACACAUUCUGUGCUGGAUACAGAGAUGGAUCGACCAAUGACCGUACCGGCAUUAGAAAAAGUACGUCCGUGUGUAACGGUGACAGCGGCGGCGGGAUGGUCUUCUAUAUGGGGGACUCUUGGUACCUCAGAGGUCUGGUAUCACUUUCUGUUGCGAGACAAAACGAGUAUCGAUGUGAUCCAACGCACUUCGUAGUUUUUACCGACUUAUCCAAAUUUCUACCUUGGAUUAAACAAAAUAUCGAAUAAGUAUUUCUAAAGAAGAUUAGAUAUAAAAACUUUUUAUAGUUUUUUUAUUGAUAUAUUUCGUAGAACGCACGCCAUGACGUAUGUGUAAUUUGUGUUAUUUCAAUCUGCGUAAAUUUAAUCGAUCCUUUUGUGUAUGUGUCAAGUGUUUAAAUAAAUUUUGU